AUGUCACCGACGUGUCAUAUUCAUCGCCUGGCCGAUGAGCUACUUUGCGAAAUUCUGUCCCAAUUGCUCGAGAAGCCGGGACACCGAGGCUCCAACGGAAAUGGAGAAGGCCAUCGACCCUGUGAUCAUCUCUCGGCCGCCCACAGCCAUCAUCAACAUAGCAGGAGGCUUGGGGAGGCCUCUGACUUAGAUCGCUUCCGACUCGUUUGUAAACGGUUCAUGCGAGUCGGCACCCCACGGACGUUCGCCCGAUUCAACCUCCGUUUUUCCAAAGAUGGAUUUCGCCGGCUCCGUGACCUCCUGGAGAUGCAGCGAGCCUGCUACGUGAGGACGAUGACCUAUUUGGCAAGACCCUUCUAUCAAGGCAGCGAUUGGUCGCAAGUAUUACGCAUUCUUGCGAAAGAGUCCCCGGAGAUUUCUCGAUUACAUGGCCGUCGUGUUCGCGAGCAAAAAACUCUAUUACAAGCCAACUAUGAUCAGGUCCAGCUGCGUGCAGCCAUUGCGGCGUUUUCCUCAUUGCAGGAAAUCAAAUUACUGCGUCUCCAGGAUGAAGCCGAUGAGCAACUUCUGGAUCUAGUUCACGAGCACGGUAUUGCAAGCAUCGCGCCCGACAUCUUUCUUGAUUGGGAGUCUGCAUGCUCGCGCGCAAUCACCAGUCUUGGCAUAGCCCUGCUUGAUUCUCAACGCACCUCGAUUCGCUUCACCGGGCCACAGAUCAGCUCUGAAGCCACUCUUCGCCUGCUGGAUGCGCCUUCGACCAUACUCACUGCAAUGGGCACUCGCCUCACCAGUCUGGACAUCAACUUCCAUGCGAUCGCUGACAUAACGGAGACGAUGUCCAUCCUAUCCCCUGUCUUCUACCGAUUCUUCACGGAAGCUAGGAACCUUGUUGCCAUCCACAUUGGGUUCCCGGCUAAAUCGCCCUUGAAUCUCAAUCUGGAAGCUAUCUUUCAUCACAUUCGCUGGAAGACUCUACGGAAACUCAGCCUCCAAGGAUGGCGUCUAAGUGCCGAGGAGAUCAUUGCACUGGUCCACCGCCACCGCCAUCAACUGCGCGAAUUCCGCGUCGACGCCAUCUACCUCCAAGCUGGAAGCCGUUGGUCCAGCGUACUUGGCAGCUUACGUGCCGACAUGGAAAAUCUUAUCCGGCUAGAGCUACGAGAUAUCGAUUAUGCAACCAACUUUGACGCGCUAGCCAUUGACAGUGGGGUUGAGAUCUUUGAGCCAUACGCGGCCAACCCGCUAACUUCCUCAUUGUCAUUGGCGGCGGGCGCAGCGUCACCUGAAAACACCAUUGCUCCAUUUUUUGGAACCAAUGGCGGCAGGCUAAUACAUUCGACCAAAAUCCCCCGUACCCUUGAGCUGCUGAAGAGAGUGAGGGGAUUGAAUGAGCAGGAGCUGGGUGAUGAUGGGAUUCGCGUACAUCGUGACCAACUGCCUCUUUGGGAAGCGUGGGUUUUGUCGGGCAUCGGCGCAGGAGAGUUUUCAUUAUAA